GGAAGAUGUGGAGGGCAUGCAGGGCGCGGCGGCCCUGCGCCGUGGUCUUGGCGCGGUCCCCGGGGACCCGGGCCUGCGGCGGGGGCGGGGGCGUCUCCUACACGCAGGGCCAGACCCCAGAGCCCCAGACGCGAGAGUAUUUUUAUUAUGUGGAUCAUCAGGGCCAGGUGGGCCGGGAGCGUGGCCGGAGCGGGCGCACCGGUUAGAGAGCUUUUCCUGGAUGACUCCAAAAUGAAGAACUUCAUCACCUGCUUCAAAGACCCACAGUUCCUGGUCACCUUCUUCUCCCGCCUGAGACCCAACCACAGCGGUCGCUACGAGGCCUCUUUCCCCUUCCUCUCGCCCUGCGGCAGAGAGCGCAAUUUCCUGCGCUGCGAAGACCGGCCGGUGGUCUUCACGCACCUGCUGGCCUCGGGCUCCGGGCCCCCGCGUCUCUCCUAUUGCGGCGGCGGUGAGGCCCUGGCCGUGCCCUUCGAGCCGGCGCGUCUGCUGCCUCUGGCCGCCAACGGCCGCCUCUACCACCCCGCGCCAGAGCGAGCGGGCGGCGUGGGUCUGGUGCGCUCCGCCCUAGCCUUCGAGCUUAGCGCCUGCUUCGAGUACCCGCCCGGCGCGCCCGCGCUGCCCUCACACGUGCGCUGGCAAGGCCGCCGCCUCGCCCUCACCAUGGACCUGGCCCCGCUGCUGCUCGCCGCCUCGCGGCCCUGAGCCGC